GCAAAACCUGCUGGUCGCGCGCUGAUUGGACGGACGCGUUUCUCUGCGUUCCUCCACUGGAAACACAUGCGAACCGACCCGAAUCCCAUCCGUGCCCUGCUUUCUGUACCGAACCCAACCCAACCCGAGCGCUCGGGCUUCCCGUGGUGGAUCUGCGUGGAAGAUGGCGGAGUUGAGCGCAGUCCGACAGGAACUUAGAAACAGAAAUCUGAGCAGUUCUUUUGGGGAGCCUCAGUGCACAUCACCGCAAAAAGAUGAGCAACAAAAACUGGCCGUGCCGUUCUGUGGCGGCAUCCGGGGCGGACUGCGACCGGGGAAGAAAAUCACGAUCAUGGGCGUCGUUGACGCAGAUCCAGACAGUUUCGACAUCAGUCUGACGUGCGGCUGUGAAGACGUUGCUUUGGAUAUGUGUGUACGAUUCGAAGACCGGGAGAUUUUGCGAAACGCCUGUGUUUCUGAUAACUGGGGUGAGGAAGAGAGGCCAAUACCAUAUUUCCCCUUCAUCGCAGAACAGCCUUUCAGGGUUGAGAUCCAUUGCGAACACUCACGCUUCCUUGUGCUCGUGGACGGCCAUCAGCUCUUUGACUUUUAUCAUCGCGUGACGCCGCUGACGGCCAUCGACACCAUACAGAUCAGCGGCAGUCUGACCAUCACCAAGCUGAACUGAAGUCUGGUGCUUCCAUAUAAAAGCAGCUUCCCCAUCAUCCCAUCUAUCUAGAGCACUGAAAACUGUCUGUGAUACUGAAGGACACUCCAGAAUCAUCUAUAGAAUCUGUAGAGCUGAUGAAUUGAACUUCAAACCUCUUUUUGAGCUGUGAAGAGGGAGUUAUUUUUAUGAGCAUCACCAUUCUCAAUAGCAUUUUUGCUGAAGUCAACAUGAAACACCAUUCGGAAAUUAACUGGUAUAAUUGGUAACACUUUACAAUAAUACAAUUAUAAUUAAAAAAAGAAUUGAAGUACUUUUUAUUGUUAGUUCAUGUUAACUAAUGUAGUUACUUAAUGUUAAAUGGAACCUUAUUGUCAAGUGUUACUAAACUAACUUGUAAUAUAUGGCUGCUGGUUAACACUGUUAAAGGUGCAGUAAGUGAUUUCUGAGAAGCACUGUUGAUAUUUGAAAUCAACCGAAGCAAACACACUACUCCCUUGACUGCUCCGUCCCCAAAAUGAGUGGCUGUCUCUUUAUCAUAGCUAAAGCUAAACAAAAUAAUGCUUUGCGAAGAUGACGAAUGAACGACAAGGAGGAACAAAAAAUUAACAUUCAGCACACAAGAGUAUAAACCAGCAAGAUUUGGUUGUUAAUCGCCAGUAGCACAGCAGCUCCAGACAAACAAUGACACUCAAAACUGUCCUUUUACUAUAGCUAACAUUACAACAACAGUAUAUCUUGGUUCUGUGAAACCAGCGUUACUCACGUCUGGAGCAGAAACAAUGCAACCUCGUCGUCAGUUUUCAGGCCUUCUCGCUUUGGUCUCUCCAGUGCUGGAAAGCUUUUCUAAUAUUAACGUGGCUCCUAAAGCUCUUGUCUGAUCAUAGCCCUUCUUUUACCAGUGAUAUUAGUUGGACCUUUUUCUCUUUUGUAAUGUCUCUCAGCCGUCUCUGUUUCUACAGUCUUUCUUCAAAUCUCCCUCUUGCUCACUCUCUUCUCCCCCAUCAUGAGUGGACACGCCCCCUACAGCUGUUUGGUUCGCACUCUCUCCUCCUCCAUCAGUGGAUACGCCGCCUACUGCUGAUUGGCUCACUCUCUCUCCUCCCCCAUCAUGAGUAGACACGCCCCCUACUGCUGAUUGGCUCACUUUCUCCUCCACCAUCAUGAGUGGACACACCCCCUACUGCUGAUUGGCUCACUCUCUCCUCCCCCAUCAUGAGUGAACACACCCCUACUGCUGAUUGGCUCACUUUCUCCUCCACCAUCAUGAGUGGACACACCCCCUACUGCUGAUUGGCUCACUUUCUCCUCCACCAUCAUGAGUGAACACACCCCUACUGCUGAUUGGCUCACUCUCUCCUCCCCCAUCAUGAGUGGACAUGCCCCCUACUGCUGAUUGGCUCGCUCUCUCCUCCCCCAUCACGAGUGGACAUGCCCCCUUCUGCUGUUUAGCUCACUCUCUCUCCUCCUCCAUCAGUGGAUAUGCCGCCUACUGUUGAUUGGCUCACUCUCUCCUCCCCCAUCAUGAGUGGACACUCCCUCUACUGCUGAUUGGCUCACUCUCUUCCCAAUAAUGAGUGUAGACACGCCUCCUACUGUUGAUUGGCUCACUCUCCCCAUCAUGAGUGGACACGCCCCCUACUGCUGAUUGGCUCACUCUCUCCUCCCCCAUCAUGAGUGGACACGCCCCUUACUGCUGAUUGUCUCACUCUCUCCUCCCCCAUCAUGAGUGGACACGCCCCCCACUCUUGAUUUGCUCACUCUUCUACCCCAUCAUUUGGAUACACCCCCUACUGCUGAUUGGCUCAUUCUCUCUCCUCAUGAAUAGACACGCCCCCUGAUUGGCUACAAGUGUGUUGGGCUUCUCAGUCUGAUCCACUUUCAACAGCGUUUCUCAGAAAUCACUUACUGCACCUUUAAAUCAUGUCAGUAGAGGCUUUUCAGAGGAAGAGCAAACAUUUUCAUUAAAGAUUAUGAAUACAGAAUAUUAAAAAAUACCAACAAGUCAAGCACCAUAAUACCAAGAGUUUGCAUUCAGAAAGUAAAAAGAGUUUUGGUUUCCUAUUGAUUUUACAGCGUUAAAAUGGAGAUGCCAUAAUUCUUAUAUCAGCACACUUCAGAAAUGUGAGAUGAAUGUUGUCAUCAGUAGUGAUAAAACAGAUUCCAGAUGUUGAUGCACAAAUAACAAGCUUCAUCGGAGAACCAUUAGUCAGUGAAUAGCUAUAUAUGAACGUACUGCCUGAAUCUACCAGUGUUGCUCUCCAGCUCAUGCACUCAGGUAGAAACACUAAAGAGAUUUAUUUAUUUAUUUCCUGAACACGUGUUUAUAAACUAAACAGGUGAUUUGAGAGUUGCGUAUGUCUUACAGUAAUAGUGAUAAUUCCAUUGACAAGUACUAAAAGCACUGAUUUUGUGUUUAGUUAAAGAGAUGAGACGACGUGAUGAUGUGAAGUUCAUUUAGGUGCUUUCGUUACUUGAGACCAGAAGAAUAAAAUCAGGGAGAAAACCAUUGCAUUCCAGUGCUUUUGAACGGCUGUUGUGUAUUUAUUGUCGCUGAGCACACGGUGUCACAUCAACCUCUUCUUUAUAAUUAAUAAAAGGCUUUUAAUGAGC